AUGGCUAGGAUGAGCUUUCCUUUAGCAGCUUGCCGAAUGGUGCUGAGCUUGCUAAUGACUUCAUUAACUGGGUCUUGCCUACAAAAUAGUGAGUGUCCACAACUUUGUGUAUGUGAAAUUAGGCCCUGGUUUACCCCGCAGUCAACAUACAGAGAAGCCACCACCGUUGAUUGCAAUGAUCUCCGCUUAACAAGGAUUCCCAGCAACCUUUCUAGUGAUACUCAAGUGCUUCUCCUACAGAGCAAUAACAUUGCAAAGACCGUGGAUGAGCUUCAGCAGCUUUUCAACCUGACUGAGCUGGAUUUCUCCCAAAACAACUUUACAAAUAUUAAGGAGGUAGGGCUGGCAAACCUGACCCAGCUCACUACUCUGCAUUUGGAGGAAAAUCAGAUUACGGAAAUGAAUGAUUAUUGUCUGCAAGAUCUCAGCAACCUUCAAGAACUCUACAUCAACCAUAACCAGAUUAGCACUAUUUCUGCUAAUGCUUUUUCAGGCUUAAAAAAUCUUUUAAGGCUCCACCUAAACUCCAACAGAUUGAAAGUGAUUGAUAGCCGCUGGUUUGAUUCAACACCCAACCUGGAAAUUCUCAUGAUUGGGGAAAACCCCGUGAUUGGAAUUCUGGAUAUGAACUUCAAACCCCUCUCAAAUUUGAGAAGCUUAGUUUUGGCAGGAAUGUAUCUCACUGAUAUUCCUGGAAAUGCCUUGGUGGGCUUGGAUAGCCUAGAGAGCCUGUCGUUUUAUGAUAACAAACUGGUCAAAGUCCCUCAACUUGCCCUGCAAAAAGUUCCAAAUUUGAAAUUCUUAGACCUCAACAAAAACCCCAUCCACAAAAUCCAGGAAGGGGACUUCAAAAAUAUGCUCCGGUUAAAAGAACUGGGAAUCAACAAUAUGGGGGAACUUGUCUCUGUGGACCGCUACGCCCUGGAUAACUUGCCUGAACUCACCAAGUUAGAAGCCACCAAUAACCCCAAAUUAUCUUACAUCCACAGCUUGGCUUUUCGAAGUGUCCCUGCCCUAGAAAGCCUGAUGUUGAACAACAAUGCCCUGAAUGCCGUUUACCAGAAGACAGUAGAAUCCCUUCCUAAUCUGCGUGAGAUCAGUAUCCACAGCAAUCCCCUGAGGUGUGACUGUGUUAUCCACUGGAUUAAUUCCAACAAGACAAACAUCCGCUUCAUGGAGCCCUUAUCCAUGUUCUGUGCCAUGCCGCCUGAAUACAGAGGGCAGCAGGUGAAGGAAGUUUUAAUUCAGGAUUCAGGUGAACAGUGCCUCCCAAUGAUAUCUCAUGACACAUUCCCAAAUCAUUUAAACAUGGAUACUGGCACAGCAGUUUUCCUAGACUGUCGGGCCAUGGCCGAGCCAGAACCUGAAAUUUACUGGGUCACUCCCCUUGGAAAUAAGAUAACUGUGGAAACGCUUUCAGAUAAAUACAAACUAAGUAGUGAAGGUACAUUGGAAAUAUCUAACAUACAAACUGAAGACUCAGGAAGAUACACCUGUGUUGCCCAGAAUGUUGAAGGGGCAGACACUCGAGUGGUGACAAUUAAGGUUAAUGGAACCCUUCUGGAUGGUACCCAGGUGCUGAAAAUAUAUGUCAAGCAGACAGAAUCUCAUUCCAUUUUAGUGUCCUGGAAAGUUAAUUCCAAUGUCAUGACGUCAAACUUAAAAUGGUCAUCUGCCACCAUGAAGAUUGACAAUCCCCACAUAACAUAUACUGCCAGGGUCCCGGUAGAUGUUCACGAAUACAACCUAACGCACCUGCAGCCUUCCACAGAUUAUGAAGUGUGUCUCACAGUGUCCAGUAUUCAUCAGCAGACUCAAAAGUCAUGUGUUAAUGUCACAACCAAAAAUGCUGCCUUCGCGCUGGACAUUUCUGAUCAAGAAACCAGUACAGCCCUUGCUGCAGUUAUGGGGUCCAUGUUUGCCGUCAUUAGCCUUGCAUCCAUUGCUGUGUACAUUGCCAAAAGAUUUAAGAGGAAAAACUACCACCAUUCAUUAAAAAAGUAUAUGCAAAAAACCUCUUCAAUCCCACUAAAUGAGCUGUACCCACCACUCAUUAACCUCUGGGAAGGUGACAGUGAGAAAGACAAAGAUGGUACUGCAGACACCAAGCCAACCCAAGUUGACACCUCCAGAAGCUAUUACAUGUGGUAA